AUGGAACACCACUAUACAGAACAUGCUGCAAGUUCUUCUGGACAAAGCACGUCGCCACCUUCGAGACUUUCGCGUCGAAAGACUUAUGACACGUCCGAUCGGUCGCUAAGCGGAGACGAAAACCAGAGAUCAACCGGUAAGAGAAAGUCGUUGCAGAGGAGAAGCUCGUACAUACCUAAGCGCGGUGAAUUUACACUCAAGGAUCGACAGGACGCUAUGAACAUUACUCAUCCAUUUGGUCUUCCCAUAUGGAAACCAGCCCUGUAUAAAAAAUCACGUUCUGUCACCCGUGAUGCUAAUUCCGCUUUACACUUGAUGCCCACGUCCGAGGUCUAUUUAUACCCUGGGAAUGUCCUUUGGGCCAUCGCAUUCGGGUGGUGGCUUGCUCUGAUAUCCUACUUUGUUUCCAUUUUCCUGUAUUUCACGCCAUUCGGUGGCCGGCAAUAUGCAAGAGUCUUAAGGGAACUAAGUUACUACAUAUUUUGGCCAUUCGGAAAGUAUGCGGCACGUGUUGAAGAUGAGUGGUAUGAUGUGUUUGAUGAAGGGACAAGUGAAGAUCAUGAGUAUGAUUCGGGAAUGAGCUUUGAGGAUGGAGAAAGAGAGAGAUUGUUGGGGAGUAAUUUGGAAUAUGGUGAACCCGGAAGACCCAGAAGAAAGCGAACGUGUUGCGGGAGAUUAUUUGAUCUUGGGUUGGCUGGCUUGGUCUUUUAUUUUUGGUUCUUUUUGCUACUCGGGAAAGAGGGAUUUCUGUUCAGUGCAAAAUUCCGAUUUGCAUUGGGUCUUGCUUCUGUCAUCCCAUUAUCAUACUUUAUUGGUAUGGCAGUGGCUUCGAUAUCCGCUCAAUCGUCAAUUGGAAUGGGUGCGGUGAUCAACGCAACAUUUGGUAGUAUUAUAGAGAUUAUUCUAUACGCUAUCGCGUUAGUAAACGGAAAAGGUCCGUUAGUAGAAGGUAGUCUUAUAGGGAGUUUAAUGGCCGGAGUUUUGUUGAUGCCUGGUGUUAGUAUGGUGAGUGGUGGAUUUAAGAGGAAAGAGCAAAGAUUUAACGCCAAAAGUGCAGAGGUGACAUCGACAAUGCUUAUCAUGGCGAUUAUAGGAGCACUUACACCGACUCUGUUUUAUCAAACAUAUGGCCAGUUUGAUAUGAAAUGUGAAAUCUGUCCUCACAGCGUUGCAGCAGAAAAAUGCCAAAGGUGUUACCAGCAACCGAUUGAUCCCUGGGAUGACCCAUUUUACAAUGACAGGGUCAAACCGCUGAUGUAUUUCUGUGCCUUUAUAUUGGUAUUGUCUUAUUCGAUUGGUCUAUGCUUCUCGCUCGGAACGCAUGCUGCGUUAGUAUGGCAUACAUAUCACGCAAGCUUCCAUGAAUCUGACGCAGGCGCAGGGCGUGGAUCAAUCUACAAACGUCUUAUUCCGCUUCCGCACGUGCUUCAGCAGAUGUUGCCUGGUUCAGCCCACUACAACCCACAGAGUUCAGGACUUCAUCAAGACGUACCACCCCCAAAUCCUCGUCCACAGUCAGCCCCAUCAGGAACUACACAUUAUGAUACUUACAGUAUGGCUCAGCCGGAAGAGGAGGAAGAACCCGGUGGUCAUGAUUCUCCUAACUGGAGCAAGUUUAAGAGUGGAGUAGUAUUAGUAUUAUGUACAAUAGCAUAUUCAUUUAUAGCAGAAAUUCUUGUGGACAAUCUCGGUGACGUACUCGAAGAAGAUGCUGACAUCAAGUUUUUGGGAUUAACACUGUUUGCAUUGGUACCCAAUAUAACAGAAUUUAUGAACGCAAUGUCGUUUGCUAUUUACGGAAAUAUUGCACUCAGUAUGGAAAUUGGAUCGGCGUAUGCUUUGCAAGUGUGCAUGUUGCAGAUCCCAGCAAUGGUAGCAUUUUCUGCAUGGCAUACUCAUGGCUCAAAAGAAUCGUUGACGAAUUCGUUCACUCUCAUAUUCCCGCGUUGGGAUGUAUUCGCAGUAGUGUUUUCGGUGUUCCUAUUAACGUAUACUUACAUUGAAGGGAAGUCUAAUUAUUUCAAAGGGUCGAUAUUAAUCCUAUCCUAUUUAGUAUUAUUGGCUGGCUUUUACUUUGCCUGA